AUGACAGGAACGGACAAAACACGAGCACUGGUGCUUAUUGCCGACGGCACCGAGGAAAUGGAAGCCGUCAUCACCAUCGACGUGCUGGUGAGAGCAGGGAUCGAGGUGACGAUCGCCAAUACAAACCCAAGCGAAUCCUCCGCAGAAUCCAUCAAAUGCUCUCGUGGGGUCCGCAUCAUCCCCGACACCCACCUCUCGGCCCUCCCCCUCCCAACCCCCGCAGAUCCCGACAGAUCCUUUUACUAUGACGUCCUCAUGAUCCCCGGUGGUGGGCCCGGCGCACAAACCAUGGCCGCCUCUACACUUGUCCAUCAAUGGGUCCAUGCCCAUUAUUCCAAGCCAGGUGUUUUACUUGCAGCCGUCUGUGCAGGCCCUACGGUCCUGAAGGCUGCUGGUGUUGCGAGGGGUGCGCAGGUGACCUCCCACCCGAGUGUGCGUGACCAAUUGAAGGAUUAUUUCGAGUACCGGGAUGAUGUGAAAGGGAGCGAGAUUGUGGUCAAGGAUGAGAAGGCACAGUUGUUGACGAGUCGUGGACCGGGGUCGACUUUUGAGCUUGCGUUGAGGAUUGUUGAGGAGCUCAAGGGUAAAGAAGUCAUGGAGUCUGUUCGUGGCCCCAUGAUGUUCCCUUGA